UAACAAGAAGUGAUCAGAAGUCAGAGAGUCAGUUCAAGGAUACGUGCUUAAUGACAAAUUAAUGAGAUAUUAUUAUGUGAUGACCAUCUGUACCGGACUAUCUAACAUUAAAUGACACCUUAAUAAACGAUAAUAAUGUGAUGACCAGCUACCACAUUAAUGUCAUUGACAAUUGUAGUUUGGCUGUUCACUAAUGGAUAUUACUAUUAUCUUACAGAUUUGGCCAUUAUUUACUGAUUACUAAAAAUAGAAUGACAGUACAGUAUGAGCAUUCAUACACGUGUAAAGAAUAUAGUGUUACUGGGAAAAAGACAUCAAAAAGUGGCCAUUCUUGUUUCUUUUUGCAUUGCUGGGAUUUUCGUUUUAUCUACACAUCAUGUUCAACAAAUGCGUUAUCUACAGAAUCGUCAUAUUGAAAGUUACAUCAAAUAUGACUUAAAAGACAUUGAAUCUAGAAGCCUUCACUCAGCAGUUGAUGUUGAAACGUUUAAUGAAAACAAUUUACAAAAGUUUAGUCAAUCUACAAAUCCAGGGCCUACUUUAGAGAAAUCUACAACUUCAUUCAUAUCAAAGAGAUCAAAACUGUCAAUCUUUUCUCCUGAAAAAAGAAACUCAAAUGGAAAUUUUAUUAACUUUCAAGAUAUUGUGAAUUCAAAUAUUGACAUAAUGUUGUCAAAGAAAAAGAAAGAAAAAAUCCCUUUACUGGAUAACACAUCAAAUUACAGACCUGGACAACAUUUGACUAAUAAUUAUACAGAGAAAGAAAGAACUUUAAAAGACACAAAUGAAUUCCAAAAACAUUCUUCUAACAUUUCAUCAAUUCUAAAGAAAAUGAAUAGUUCUAAUCAAACUUUAGUUUUAUUAGUAACAUACUUGCGCAGUGGAUCAACAUUCACUGCGGACCUUAUUCAGCAAGCAGCAGAUAUGUUCUAUAUAUAUGAACCAUUAAAACCUUACGUGAAAGGUCAGCAUUAUUUUACAAUGGACUCAGUUUGUCACACGAUCAACGGAACUUGCAGGAAACAAAAGGGAAGGCGAGAGAAUAUCGAUGACAUUUUAGAUGACUUAGCCAAAUUUUAUAAAUGUGAUUUGCUUCAUGUACCAAUUUCGUACUUUCGCUCCUCAAACAAGAGUAGCACAAUGCAUCGAUUUGACCAUUGCAGACAUUAUAAUACACAAUACAAUUGUCUUUUAGAAUUCCAGGAUAAAUGUAGAAAAUCCGUAAGGAUGAUUAAAACUAUAAGAAUGAAUAUGAAAGUAGCAGAAAAGCUAAUAGAAGAAUUUCCACAGUUGAAGAUUAUACAUUUAAUUCGUGAUCCUAGAGGUUCUUAUCAAUCAAGGAAAAAUGGAUAUUUCCUAAAGAAUCAAAAUGACCUAGAUGCGAUUACACGAAGUAAUUGUGAUAACUUAAAGUCAGACCUCAAAGUUGGAUUCAGGUUAAAAGCACUUUAUCCCGACAGAAUAAAAACAAUAUUGUACGAAACAGUGGCAGAACAACCUUUAAAAGCAGCAAGGAGUCUUUUCCGCUUUUUAGGAUUAACUGAACCAGCACAUUUUGAAUCAUGGCUAGGGAGCCAUACAAAGGCAGGCUACAGUAAUGGAUAUUAUGACACUGUUAGAAGAAAUUCAACAUUAACAGCCAAUUUAUGGAGAAAAUAUAUCAAUGUUAAAGUCGUUAAAUCAUUUGACAAAAAUUGCAAAAAGGUUUAUAACAUAUUAGGUUUAAAAGAAUUGCCUAAUUAUGCAACAUUACACAAUACAUUCAUAUCAUCCAGAUACACAAGUCCAGUUUUCGGUGAUUAUUUAGAAUGAACAAAAAGCAUUCACUUUCACAAUACAUACUUGAAAUAAUUUCUCAUCUGUUUGACCGGGUCAACUGAACAGAAUUAUUAAUGAUAUGUUUCUUUCUUACUGAUAGGAUACAUAUUACAAACCCACAAAUGUCCUUUUGUAUUGCAUUGUUUUAGUGGGUUACAUUCUCGUCCAUUGAAAACAACACUGUUCAUACAAUGUAAUGCGGAGUUAAACAAAGCCCCGUGUAACAAGAUUAGACACGAAAAGUGAAAAAGUCAUAUAUAACUAUCCUCAAUAAUCUGAAAUGUCGUAUCAUUGUCUGAACACAGACAUAUAUACGUUCGUUUCGAAGUCCUAAAGAUCAGGAAUGGUCCGCACAGGUCAGCCAAGUACUCCCGAUAGUAAAGUGCAUUCGUUUUGUUCUUGAAACCCAACCGAUUUUCCUCUAGUUGGCUUACAAUCAUGACCAUCAAGUUCUGAACAAUGUCAUGCAUCGGUUGACUGUUUGAUAUUGUUUGAUCGCAUUCGAGAGUAGAGAUAGAUUCUUCCUUUUUUUAAUCAUGUAAUAAUUACAAAUCGGAACAGAAUCGGAUUCAAACAGGAUUAAUGGGACGCUGACGCUGUACAAUAUCUGAUUGUUGUCUUGAUUAAAUAAAUGUUUUUACCGACUUUGAGCCACGAAUCGCUGGAUCUUUUCCGAUUUUUGGCAAAUUGUAUUUUUACAGCACAAACACUGAUUUCAAAUUGAAAUACACCCUUACCGGUUUUCAUCCAACUGAAUCAUCACGAACAUAAGGUUAAACAAUUAAUGAGCUAAUUUCAAACAUCAAAGAUCAAGAAACGUGUAAAACUAAGACUCAUUUAUUGAAACCUUCAAUAAUACCCUUCUUUCAGUUUACAAUUAUUAUACAGUAGACUCCUAUAAUACUGUCGUUUUGUUAAAUUUAAAUGACUCAUUGCAAUUUUGUACGAUAUCAUUUCUGAUUUUGACAAUUAAAAUAAAAAUAACAAAUCAUUAGAAGACUCUCCGAUGGAGUCCAUACUCAAGAUUACAGAAAGGGUGCGGGAAAAUGUCGCGAUAGAGCGACCUCCUAUUGAUAUACUCAUUAAGACCCAUACUCAAGAUUUUGAAAAGGUUGAGUAAAACCGAUGAUAUAAAGACAGUACUUCUUUGUCGUUGACCUAAAUUUAUACUUUAUUUUAACAAAUUCUCGUGAGAAAAACUUACGAAAACAUCUCGAUCAGAGGAAUUGGUAUUUUGUAAAUUUUAAACUUUUAAAUCAUUGCCAUUACAUGUUCAGACAAAUGUCUGUAAAUAUAGACUUCAAGGCGAUAUAGUUUCUUUGAAAAGUCAAACUACUAACUGAAAGAAACGCUCAAUAAGAAUUUUAAAUUUUGUUUAAGAAUCACAACUGCAAUGUUCAGAUGUUCUGAGUGACCAUGAAUUCUCUAAAAAUGGUUUAAAACUUUUGUUUACCUAACUUACAAUAUGAAAACUCGGAGAUACACAUUAAUCCUUGAGAAUUUUGAUUGCAAUUUGAAGACGGGUCUAUCGUUUUUUGUUAGGUUCUAUUUAACUGCAAUUUUAUUAUAAUUCAGUUUUCAUAGUGGUAUUGAUAUAUACCGGACAUACUUAUCUACUUAAUUAGUAUAGUAGCCAGCCUUCACUUCCAUAACCUGUUUACAAAAUGAAACCGGUAAAUUGAUGGCCGGUAAUUCCUUCGGUUCCAUGUCUAUCAAUUCGACUUGUCGGCUGAUGAAAUUAUUGGAAUUGACUGUUAUAUUCAUAGAUGAAUGAAGUUUGAUUCAUAUCUGAAUCCUUAUUAUUAUGUUCUAGUAUUGUCUAGUUUAGAUUUUGUUUAUAUGGGUGUUCUUUUUAAUAAAUAUACAAACAAAUA